AGCCAAGACGCAUUUAACUACUUCCGGGUGGAAGCCUCAGCGGUUCUGUUUGUUAUCUUGCUAACAAAAGCUAGCCACCGCCAUUAGUUUACCAAAAGAUGAAGCCAAAGUUUUCUUUGUGAAUUGAAUGCGGCCAGCGCAAGGUUGCUACAAGUCCCCAUCAUAAUCCACCAUGUCAUCACCAAAUGAGUCUGGGGCUCGCAGAAAAGAGCGAGAAAGGGGAGCUCGGCCCAAGGUAAGACUGAGUCGUUCAGAAGAGAGACGGGAUACUGGUUUCGUGCAGAAAGGCAAGUGGACAGGCUCUGCCGCCCAUGAACCGGCUGUUGAACGACCCGUCAGUGAUGGCUUUGAGUAUGGGGACUUUUUAAAUGACCCGGAGAGCAAAGACCAAGUCACUGCCGCUGCCUCCUCUCCGACAGCAAGCUGGAGCUGUCACGGCAUUGAGACUGCGGCCUUAUUGCAGUCAGAACCAGAGACGUCCACUGCGGGCUUGGCAAUAGUCAGCUCUUGCGCAGAGUUCUCCGUGCCCAAUGAAGGAGACUGCAGAGGAUCGAGCAGCAGCACGAGCAGUCGGACACUCCGGCAAAAAAUCCAAGAUGCAAUGGGGCAGUGUUUUCCCAUGAAGACGCAUAGUGCGGAGAGCACGCCACCACUUCCUUUCUCAUUGUCAGCAGGCUGCACCUCCUCGAGGCGAAAGAUCCAUUUAAGUGAGCUGAUGUUGGACGACUGCCCCUUUCCUGUUGGGUCAGAGCUGGCUCAAAAAUGGUACCUCGUAAAGCAACACACGGCCCCCAUCACCCACCUCUCGGCGCUUGACCCCACUGCGUCAAGCGGAGCGUUCGUUCCCCUGGUUGCGUUCCCGGUGGAGGAUGUAGACGACAGGCUGCGGGAGCGCAGGCGCAUUAGCAUCGCGCAAGGUGUGGAGCCUCCGCCCGACGCAGAGAUCCACACAUUGGAGGUGACGCCCCAAAUGAGUUCGCUCCUCAGGCACGGUCCAAAAGUCGCUCACAGUAUGAACGAGCUGACAGGAGCCGAGCGAGCGCCCGUUGCUCAUCAGCAGAAGCAGUUUCUCUUGCAGAGGCAGAAGCAGCAUCAGCUUCUUCUGCAGAGUUGUUUGGACACGCUAGAUGAGGUGGUGGCUUCCUCCUCUUCUUCUUCAGCGCCGUCUGAUGAUAGCACCGCACCUGUGGUCUACCCAGAGGCGACCAGCUCGACUCCGCAAGUUCACACUCAGAUCGACUACAUUCAUUGUUUAGUUCCUGAUCUGCUGCAGAUCACCAACCUGCCUUGUUACUGGGGCGUCAUGGACCGCUACGAGGCUGAGACGCUCCUAGAGGGGAAACCCGAGGGCACCUUCCUGCUGCGUGACUCCGCCCAGGAGGACUAUCUCUUCUCAGUCAGCUUCCGCCGCUACGGCCGCUCGCUGCACGCCCGCGUGGACCAGUGGAAUCAUAAUUUCAGCUUCGACGUGCGGGAUCCCGGUGUGUUCCACGCGCCAACGGUCACAGGCCUGGUGGAGCACUACAAGGACCCCAACUCCUGCAUGUUCCUUGAGCCGCUGCUGUCCAUUCCCAUGCCUCGCACGCAGCCCUUCAGCUUGCAGCAAAUAUGUCGCGCCGUCAUCAGCAGCUGCACCACCUACGACGGCGUCAACACACUGCCCAUCCCAUACACUUUAAAGAACCACCUGAAAGAAUACCACUACAAGCAGAGAGUCAAUGUUCGCAGAUUGGACACAUGGUGGCAAUGAUCAUUAACAACGUAUUUACUUGUAGCAGCCUGCUUUCCACUGAACUGAACUCUGCUUAUUUAUUGUUCUGUGUAUCCUGCUGUGUACAACUUUACCACACUGACAAGACAAUAUGUAAACUCACUAGUCUCUAACAAUCUUUCUGCUUUAAUAAACCUCUUGAAUUUA